AUGUCAAUUAAGAUUCUUGUGUGGAAUCUAAGGCUAGAAGCUCAAGGUUUCAGUGGUGGAAUAUGGGUGUUUUGGCGAAAAGAAAUUGUUAAUGUGACUCCAUAUGAUUCGCAUACUCAGCAUGUUACUAUUUUGAUUGAGAAGUUGGGAGAAGCCCCAUGGCUUUUUUCUGCUAUUUACGCAAGUCCAAAUAGCACCUUGAGGAGAGACAUUUGGGUUGAACUUGAGAAAAUUAAAGGGAGUUUUCAGGGGCCAUGCCUUAUCGCUGGGGAUUUUAAUGAAACUUCAAAAGACUCUGAGCGUAAUGGUUGUGGUAGAAGUGAAAUGCAAAGAAGGUGUAAUGAAUUUGCCAACUGGAUUGAAAAUAACGAGUUUAUAGAUUUGGGAUGCUCUAGACCUGAGCAUACUUGGUUUAGCUUAGAGGGAACUCGGCUUCUACUUUUGAAUCAGCUCAUCUCGAUCGUGGAUUGCACGACUGGAUUUGCUCCAAUUUCCUCUAGUGUCAAACCCUUCCGGUUUCAAGCAGCGUGGAUUCAUCAUGAGAAAUUUGGGGAUUUUGUAGUGGCAAAUUGGAAUAAUAAUGUUCCUAUAGUGAGUUUCUUGAAAGUCUUUGCGGAAAAGCUUAACUUAUGGAAUAGAGAAAUUUUUCAUAAUAUAUUCCGUAAAAAAGAGGAACUCAUGGCUCGAAUGGCUGGCAUCCAGCGUGAAUUGUCAAAGAGGAGGAACUCAUUCUUAAUCAAGCUUGAGGCAAGCCUUAGAAGACAAUUAAUUAAUGUGCUUGAUCAAGAGGAAACCAUAUGGUUCCGGAAAUCUCGAUUAGAUGCAAUUUGUGACGGAGACCGGAAUACAAGAUUUUUUCAUGUGUCAACUAUUAUUAGAAGACGCAAUAAUCGAAUUGAAACUCUCCAAGAUUCUAGUGGAGAUUGGGUGACUGAUCAUGAGCAAGUGAAGAGUAUGGUUUUGGAGUAUUGGAGAAAUUUUUUCCAAGACGAGACCUCACUCGCCAAAGCUACUGGAUGA